GACCCUUACUGGAGACCAUGAAGUUUGGUCUGUAUUCAAGAGAAUCCUGGGUAAUCCAGGAGAGUUGGCAUAGAUGUUGCGCAGUAACAGGUUUAUAACUGAUGCAGAGAUAAUAAUAAAAGCAUUUUUCGUUAAUGAAAACAAAAACUGUCAAUGAAACUGCAAGGAAUUAAGAGGCCUGUAUUUAGCAGGGUAUCCGUGAGGCCUCAGUUCCCUUUCUCCCAUCCCCAGAGAUGCCAACCUAAAAAAUUCAAAAUCCAGGACAUCACCAUUUUUACCUUGUAUGACCCUAAAAAAAGUUGCUUAAAGCAGAGCUGUGCAAAUUAAACCUCAAAAAUGCAUCAAAUAUAAAAAACUUUCCCCCCAAAAAUGCCAAAAGUUUGCCAAAAUAUGCCUGAAAAAUGUAUUUUAUGCAUUUUCAUGUGUGUUGUCCAGAACAUUUGGUGAUCUGUAUGGGAAACCGGGAGACUCAGUAUGUAUCUGGGAAAUUUGCAGAUAAUCCAGGAGAGUUGGCAUAGAUGCAUCCCUUGUUUUUUCCCUUAUCCCCUCUCCAUUACAUCCAUCCCUCCCCACUCCCCCAAGAGAGAGUAUGUCUACGAAAGGUACCUAUUCAUCCAGGAAUACAUGUCCAUGCUAUUGCUUCAUUACAUAAGUUGUGGAUUUCACAUGUGAAGACACCAAAGACAAGGUGAGAAUGCGCCCGCGGUAACUUCAACCAGCGGUAUGUCAAAAACGAUUACAAAUUCCAAAAUGGCGGACGCGAGUUCGGAUAUUUUGUUCGAUUCUGUUCGGUUUGUUUUAAGCAAUUGGACAGUCAUACAACUAGCCGUAGAACAUGGAUUCGGAGGAAGGGACACUGCCGAAAAAGCAGAAUGGAUGGUGAAUGUUAUAAACCAAGUGCUAAGAGAAAAUGAAACCAUAGAAAAUUAUGAAUUAGAAGAUUAUAUUGAGGAAAUUUUAUUCAAUGAAUUCCACACUGUGGCUGAAGAUGAAAGCUUACCAAAGGUUGUUCAGAAACUGUGUGCAUUUCAAAGACUAUGGAAGGAAGGAAACACAAAGCAGAUCCAACAAGAAAUUAGUUCAGCUCCAAGACAAAAACUUACACCGUGUGUCAAAAGCAAAGCAGUGACAAGUGACAGUGAUAGUGAUGAUGAUGAUGACAAUAAUGAGGCAGGUGCACGAGCUCUAUGUAAUGGACAUCACGAGGACGACAGGACAAACAAUUCUUCAGUAAGUCAACAACUCGACGAUCUUCACAUCUCCGACAAAAACACUCAACCUGAGCCAGACUGCUCACAGACAGAAACAAGAGGAAAUGAACGUUCAUCCAUUCAGUCGCAAACGCAAGAUCAAGACGAGGAAGGAUGGGAAGUCGUGCGGAGAUCGAAAAAACGUUAAAUGAUUGCCUCGAGCAAAUGAACUUACAUUUGAAUUUUAGAAAAAUAUAGAGUGUUUUUACGGCGGCCAUAUUAGUCCCAAACAAGAGAACCUUUUUUUCAAAAGAAAAGAAGUCAUUUCCCAAAGGAGGGAAAUGUUAUUGUUUCGGAACAAUAACAUGGCCGCCUUGACGUCACGUGAAUACUCUCCAAACCUUGCUGUAAAAAUAAAUGCUGAAUAAUAACAAACACGGUGAACCUUCUUUGAUUUCGCGCCCAUUUUCCAGAGCCUAACAGGUCAAAAGUAGCUGUCUCAUGGCCAGGAUUUUCUACUGCCUCUUUCAAAAUAUAUUGCGCUGGUAGUUGAAAUAUAAACCAGGUUGGCACUAAUAAUUCCUAUGUGCCACAUUCGAGUUAUGACUUUUUGUGUCCUCCUCUCGAUAUGGCUUCAGGCUAGCUUUAAAACGUUAGCGGACAAUAACCAUUUCAUUUCAU